AUGAAACAUCUGCUUCCUCAGUUCCCUUCCAUCCUGGCCAUCUACUGCUUCUGUAUGCUGCAGAUUCCCUCCCCAGGAGUUUCUCAACCCUUAGCUGAUUCUCCAGAUGGCUUAGAUGUUGUGGAGCUUGAGCGACUGGUAUACUGUCUGAACCAGUGGGAAACACUUUCUAGCCAACCCAAGGAAAACCAGGAUAUAUACAAAAGGUUUUUAUUUCACUACUCCAGAACGCAGAAACCAAGGCAUCCAGUUAACCCUGAGUUUGCACCUGUGCAUCCCUUGAUGCGCCUGGCUGCCAAGCUCGCCAGUAGAAGGAUGAAAAGAUGGCCUCCUCCAGUACGUGACUCCAGGACUGCUGCUGUGGACUUUCCUAAGAAGGAUCCCACUACCACCUUGGGGAGGCCAUUUUUCCUUUUCAGGGUAUAACAGAUUUCCUUGUUUCUGUUUCUAAUUGUAUUCCCUGUUGUUAUCCCAACUGCCAGGACCAGAUGGGUACUGUUCUCUCCUCCAUUUAGGGUGUGACUUAGUCAAAAAUUCUUACAGACUUGCAAGGGAAACAGAGCAACAAGACAUAGCCUGAGCAUGUCCAUAUUCUAGGAGCUUGGAGAGCAAGGGGGAGGGACUUCUGGUGAUGGACAGAUACUGGGUAAACCAGAGUCCACAAUCCCAAGUACUACAUUCCUGGAUAUGUGACCUAAAACCACAAUGACAUGAGGAGUCCAAGUGCCAUCUUCUUUCCCAGGUGACAGAAAGGUCCUUGCCAAGGUCAUACAGUUUCUAAUUUUGUUCUAUUCACUAACUGCACACAAGGCCUUAGCUUCUCAAUAUUUGCAUAAAAAAAUGAAUGAGUCCAACUUAAUCCAUGGCUACUCCAAGCUGUAUUCUGUGGAUUACUGGUGCUAGUAUCCUGCAAAAGAUAACAUAAGAUUAGAAGAUGCAUCUCUUAGUCUUCCUGACAAUCCACAGCACACUCUGGCCCAUUGAGGGCUCUGGGAAAUGUCAUGGAAAAUCCCUCCUAUCUCCUUUGUUUCUCUAACAUCUUUGACUAUGGAAAUC